AUGUCGAGUCGCCAAGAGAAAGAGAAAGGUGUUAUGUGGCAGGUUCUUCUUCGUUGCAGACCAUUUAGCGAAGAAGAGUUACGGAACAAUGCACCGCAAGUAGUGACCUGCAAUGAUUACCAGAGAGAAGUUGCGGUUUCUCAAAAUAUUGCUGGGAAGCAUAUUGAUAGAAUUUUUACAUUUGACAAGGUUUUUGGUCCUUCAGCUCAUCAAAGGGAUCUUUAUGAUCAAGCAGUUAUUCCAAUUGUCAAUGAAGUGUUGGAGGGCUUUAAUUGUACCAUUUUGGCAUAUGGACAAACUGGCACGGGAAAAACAUACACCAUGGAAGGUGAAUGUAAAAGGUCAAAGAGUGGGCCUAAUGGAGAGUUACCUCCAGAAGCAGGUGUCAUACCCAGAGCUGUGAAGCAAAUUUUUGACACAUUGGAGAGUCAAAAUGCAGAAUAUAGUGUGAAGGUCACAUUUUUGGAAUUGUAUAACGAGGAAAUUACCGAUUUGCUUGCCCUGAAGAAAUAUCUAGAGUUGCUUUGGAGGAUAAACAGAAAAACAGUUGCCCCUCAUGGAAGAUGGAAAAGGAGGAGUUCUUGUGAGAGGAUUAGAGGAGGAAAUUGUAGCAAGUUCGAGUGA